UUUUCCUUUUUUUAUGUUAAUAAUAUCUGCAGUGUUGGUAAAUCCGCAAUAUUGUGUGGCCAGAGCUCUAAUGGAAACUUGAACGAGUUUUAAGAAAUUAUUUUACGUAUGGCAAACAUUCUCAAUAUGUAAUCGAAAGCCGUUAGUUUCAUGCAUUCAACAUGGUAAUAUUUGCAAAGCGCCUUUCGGUCACACUGUUAAAUCAUCGGUCCCGCUAAAUUCUUGAAUUUGUAACACGUUAAAAGCGCGUUUUACAUACACGACGAUGAAUGGAAUACAUUUAAGCUUCUUGCCGGAGCAGCUCGACGACGACUUUGCAGCCAUAUGUGCUGCACUGACCCCACGGAAUGUAAUUGAAACAGAAUUAUUGCUGCACUUUCUGAAGAGAAGUGCAAAUGAGUUUUUCAAUUACAUCGUUGAGUAUUCCGAAAACGUAUUAAAUGACACAAACCGACUCAUAAGGAAACGGGAUAAAAAUAAGUCAUUAAAACAAGAAAUAUCUUUUUUGAACCAAAUCAUAUACCGGACGCCAACAAACAGUGUUGUAUUUAUGGAGGCACUUUUCUUUCGCAUUGCUUACUUUUUUCGUAAUGAAAAAUUUUCCAUGGCAAAAAGAGAUAUUCUAUACCUAAAGAGUUUUGAAUCCAAUCAUAUGACGGCCCAGCAAUUAGUAGAUGUGGAAACUUUUAUGUAUAUGAGUAAUUACUUCAUGAGAGAAAUGCGAGAGGCUCGCAUUUAUUUAGAUCAAGCGGAAGAACUUUUAGAUCAAUUCACGGCAAAAAAACUGUUACCUGAAAGCAGUAGAGUGCAAACCAUUUUGGGAGAUUUGAGUAAAUUUAAAGCGGAAAUCAGAGAAUUUACAAACAAUGCUCGCAUACAGUUUCAAAUCAAAAAGAAACCAGCAAAAGAAUCUUAUAUCAAUAGUGAUUGCGAAUUUAGAUCGGCACAGCUAAAUAAUGCUGGAGCGUUGGCAUGCAAUGAUAUAGCCAAGGGUCAAGUUGUUAUUGUGGAGCAGCCGCAUUUCUUUCAAUUUCUUGCAUCGUUUACGAAUUGCGAAGUUUGUGGGGUUUAUCAAGAACAUCUUUAUACUUGCCGUGAUUGUCGCUAUAGAAGCUACUGUUCAAUGACGUGCAUGAAAUCGGAUGGGGCCCAUAUAUAUGAAUGCUACGGUUAUAAAAUUGGUCUAAUACCAAUGUUGGAGGCGACAAUUCUAUUUCGAUGCUUUGUGCAAGUUGCUCAAUUUUUAUCGCCAGCAUUCAACAAAUUUAGGCGUAAAAAUGGACCAAUACGUGAUGCAACAACCGCUUGGCACUUUAUAGUAAAGCACUGUUCACUGUCUGACAGACAUCAAAAAACGAUUGUAGUUGAAUUCUUGUCUAGACAGCCGAACUGCAAGUUGUUGUCGAUCGACAAGUGGCGACAGUUGAUAACCAACUCUUUUCGUCUGGCCGUUUUUGUGCACAACGAUACCAUAAUUCAAGCGAUAUUUUUUGAUCAACUUGAAUUGUGCAAAGACGAGAGUAUUAAACUGAUUGGAGCAAUAUUAAUGCGUUUAAGCGUGCAUAUUAUGCUGAAUUCACAACGAGAUGAGCUGCAAUUUAUAUCACGUAAAUUUAACAGCUCGGCUUAUCCAGCAUAUAAACCGGAGAAUUUGUCUCGCAUGGAUGCGAAUGUCUUUGAGUACUAUGAUAUCAAUGCGCAUUCAGACUUUGUUGAUUGCUUUCAGAACCUUCAAGAGUUGACGCAGAACUCAAUUAAGCAGGUCCCUAAGGAUCCAAUGCCGAACACUCCACACUAUAACCCUAUGUCAAAGUUUAUAUGUAAACUCUUUGGUUCACUCAUCAACAAUGUAGAGAUAAACAAACUUGAGGAUUUGAUGCAUGUUAAACCCACCACAUCUGAGCUUAUUGAGGAACACUUAAUGCCAUUGAGUUCCUCAAAGCGUUGUCAUCUAUUGUCAGACAUAUUCAAUAACUACCACAAGUUUGUCUUUGAUUACUUUUCUUUGUGUGGAGCUACACGUCAAGAAAAAUGGUCGCUUUGUCCAAAACUAAGACAUUUGCAACAUUCUUGUGUUCCAAAUGUCGAACUUAGAUCUCUAAGUGACGGUAAAUAUUUGGCCAAAGCAGCCAUGGAUUUGGCAACUGGCACAGAGCUGACUGUUUGCUUUAAUUCUGUUGAGAUAUUGAAGCAAAAUCGCAAGGAACGUCACGAUAUUCUUCAGAAGAGUGGAAUCAUUUGCAGCUGUGACCUUUGCUCUCUGCCAGCGUACAUCGAACCAGAUAAUAUGCGUAGUGGCAUUUUGUGUACGUUCUGUGAUCAGGACAACAUAAUCACGCAAUUGCCAGGCAAAUGUAUUCAGUGUCAUGCCGAUUAUAAUGAACAAUUGCAACAGAUGAAAAUAUUUAUAUCACAGGUUCUAAGGCAGAUGGAAGUUAAGGAAUUAGAUCCAAACACUACUCAACGGGAUCUGGCUAUCUUAUAUGGAACAUACAACAGCUAUAUUACAAUGCACUUUUCAGAGUAUCAUGAGUUGCGUUUAAUUGGCAUACUCAGUUUUGUUGAAUUUCUAACAAAGAAUGGGUUUUUGAAACAAGCUACUGAUGUUAUUAUCGCAUUGCAUUGCUCUUACUACUCGUAUUUCGGCGAUAAUACAGAUUGCUUCAAAAAGGGCUUCGCUGCAUUAAUAUUUAAAAUGGUGAAAAAUAUUCUUAAAAGCUAUUUUGCGAAUCUAUCUCCUUCCUCAGUUAUUAAUAAAGAGCCGCUUAACCAAUUAUUGGUCAUCAUUUUGUAUACACUAAAGAAUCAGGAGCACCAUUUGGAUCCAUCCAUUGAUGAUGCAGAGACUUAUAACAUGAUUUUAGAUAACUAUGCACUCUAUUACAAUUGGAAGAGGAUUGUUAGUUAUCUUACUCUUAUGCCCAAGGCAUUGAAAGAUUAUUUGAAUCUAUCCCAAUGAAAUUCCGCUGAAUAUUGAAUGCUUAGGAAUAUCAAUGAAAUGAAUUUGAGAAAUGUGUUAAUUG